AUGUCCAACGACACAGAUGAGGAUUACUUCCUCCCGCUAGAAGACCAGCGCGUCUUCGGCGCCGGCAUCCGUCGCAAACGCGUGCAGUUCGUCCGCGCCUCUGAGCACGAACUCACAACAACCACAACCGCUACUCCUCCUCCUACUACUACUACUACUACCUCUACGCCACCAUCUACCACCCCCUCCAGCGGCCCCAGCAUCGCAAACAAAUACCUCUCCAUCGUCCUCAAAAACAACCCACAACCCACCGAAACAGCCUCCGCCCCGCCCUCGCCCUCCCCCGUCCCCGCUCCUGCUCCCACCCCCCGCUGUGACGUGUGCAACCUCCUCCUAAUAAAUGAGGGAUCCUCCCACCUGAAGCCAGACACAGACACGCACACAGGAGUGGCGAAACCGCACGAAGCGUCCCUCGCGCACCAGCUCUGUCUUGCGCACUCGCACCCGCCCUCGCAUCUCGAUCGCACCCGCCACGGCCUCCGGUACUUGUCUGCCUACGGCUGGGACCCGGAUAGUCGCGUGGGACUGGGGGCACCGGGGCGGGAGGGUAUCCGGGAGCCGCUGAAGGGGAGGCUUAAGGUUGAUACGGUGGGGUUGGGGGCUGAGGUUGGGAGGGAGGGGAAGGGGAAGAAGGGUGCAGCGGCCGCGGGUACCCCAACGAAGGUGCAGAAGCUGAAUGCGAAGGAGGUGCGGAAGGGGCAUUUUGACGCGAAGAGGAGGGGGCAGAGGUUGCGAGAGAUAUUCUAUCAAAAUGACGAUGUGCAGAGGUAUCUGAGUGGGGGUGUUUAG